UUUCCGUCCUUGCGAGUCUCUCCUCCUUAUCUUCCCCAACCCUCCCCCCGACCAUCUCGCUCACUCGCCAUAAUGCAACCCUUCAACGCCGGCCCCUCCCACUCAAAUCGCGACUUGAUCGGCCGCUCCCACGACAUCGAGCAGCCCUCCUUCACUUGGCCAAACGGGGCACGCGUCUGUCUCUCCUUCGUCAUCAACUACGAGGAAGGAGGGGAGAACACGCUCCUCCACUCCGCCGAGGAAGGAGACACGCAUGCCGAGUCCUUUCUCACCGAGAAUGGAGUGGCUCCCACUGUGCUACCUCCUUUGAAGGAGCGAGAGCUCAGCAGAGAGUCGAGCUAUGCGUAUGGCUCUCGUCAGGGGUUGGGAAGGAUACUGAGGCUGUUUAAGCGUUACGGGCUGAAGAGCACCAGUUGGAGCGUAGGAAAGGCGAUCCAGCUCAACCCUGGUGCGGCAAAGGAGAUGGAAGAGUCUGGCUGUGAAGUAGGGUCACAUAGCUGGCGCUGGAUUAACUAUGCGGGGAUGGACGAGGAAAAGGAAAAAGAGCACAUCGAACGUACCCUCACCACGCUCCAAUCAAGCACAUCUAGCUCCACCACCAACCCACCACUCGGCUGGUACACCGGACGUUGCUCCCUCUCCACGCGACGCCUCGUCUACGAAGCCUACGCAGCUCGCGGUCUCCAAUCCCAGUACUACGACAACGACGCCUACGAUGACGAUCUCCCCUACUACCUCUCCGCUCCUACAACCGACGGUAAAGGGGAGCCUAUGCUAGUCAUCCCUUACACGCUAGACGUAAAUGACAUGAAGUUCGGCAUUUCCCCCGGCUUCUCCACAGGACGACAAUUCCACGAGUACCUGAGCGAUGCGCUUCGCACCUUGCUUCAGGAGGCAGAACAGGAGGGUCGAUCCUCCAUCCUCACCGUCGGACUACACUGUCGCAUUGUAGGGCGACCCGGACGUUUCGCUGGUUUGGAGGGUUUCGUACGCGAGGUCGUUGGGAUGCAAGGUGGGGAAGGGAGGGAAAAAAUUUGGGUCGCAAGUAGGGGAGAGAUUGCGCGAUUUUGGAGGGAGAAGUUCCCGCCGCCGCAGCAGAAGAGCGUAUGAAAGUGAUGAUGGAUUGGUGUCUACUCUACUUCCUCUCGUGUGAAUCGAUACAAGUACAGUGGCAAGAGUGCCGACCUCGCACGCAGCUACGCGAUCGUCGUUGGCUUGGCGCCCAGACCUCGGCGGAAGAGCAUCUCCCUCACGUCCCCUAGUCCCUCCAGAUGUCCCUGGGCCACGACGGUCGUCUGCCCGCUCCCGAGGCCGUGGUUCAACAUCUUCCCACCUCCGGCCUGCUGUGGCCUGAGCACUCGUCUCGCAACGCGCUGCAAUACCUCCAAAUCCACCCGAUCGAUCUUCUCGCACAUCUCUUCCACCCCCAC